AUGGACAGUGAGGCUGAAAAGGUCAUCGCCAAAGAUGAAGAAAUACCAUGCUUUCAUGAAAAUUACGGCAUAACAAAUUACAAUACCUUCGCAGAAAUCCCCUGCGAAAAUGAGCCAGGGGUCUUGAAAAUCAGAUGUGGAAAGAAUGGAACAUAUGAACAAGAAUAUGCUUUUUGUAUAUCGGAAGAAAUCAACGAAAUUCUUGAGCAGGGAAAUUACUAUGCCUCUCGAUUAAUCUCAGUUUUAACUGAUUCAGCUGAAUUAAUACUGUCGCUACCUGAUCACCAAAGUGAACAGUCCUUUGUGAUGCCAGAUUCAUCACCUGAGCCCUCAAAAUCUCAAAAAUUUGAAGAUGCACCAACAUGGAUUGACAUUUUACCCACUACCACAACUUUUGAUGGCAACCUUUUGAUUAAUGGUCUCAUCCUGACAGUAACAAUAAACGUUAACGAUUCUAUUAAAGUCAAGAUGACCUUCUCAAAAAGAAAUCGUAUGCUAGAUUUCAACAGUGCCAUGUGUGUGUUUUGGGAUUUUGAAGGAAGAGGAGCGUGGAAUAAUACUGGCUGUAAGCCUGAAAUCAAUGAAGAAAAUAUCACAUGUCACUGUAAUCACAAUACAUCCUUUUCAAUGUUAAUGUCUCCUGUUACCAAUGACAGCCCAGCUUUGAGUUAUAUCACCAGAAUCUGAGUUGCAGUCUCAAUUGGAAGUUUGCUAAUUGCCAUUGUUAUUGAGGCCAUAGUGUGGAAGCAUGUGACCAAAAAUAAAACCUCAUAUACUCGCCAUGUUGGAAUUUUGAAUAUUGCAGUAAAUCUGCUGGUCGCUGAUAUAUGGUUCAUUGUGGCUUCAGCUGUAGAACCAGAAACACAGGCUUGCACAGCUGCUACUUUCUUCAUUCAUUUUUUCUAUCUUGCCUUAUUCUUCUGGAUGUUAACCCUGGGCCUGCUGCUCGGCUAUCGUUUACUUUUCCCUUUCCAUCAUCUCAGUAAAUCAGGUAUGACAGGAAUAUCAUUCGCCAUUGGUUACCUGCCUCCAUUGCUAAUCUCAAUCAUCACAAUCGGGGUUACCUUUCCAAGAGACAGUUACACGAGAGAAGGUGCCUGCUGGCUUGGCUGGGAGACCGAAUACCCUCUGCUUGCAUUUGCUAUUCCGGCAUUGGUUAUAAUCACAAUCAACAUCAUCAUUCUGAUGAUAGUCAUUUUUAAGCUGCUGCAACCAACAAAUGGGGACAGAUCCAGUGCCAAUCAGGACAGAGAAGCAUUCAAACAGAUUGUGGGAAGCAUUGUAGUGCUGACCCCAAUCCUCGGACUCACCUGA